UAAGCAACUUUUAGUUACUUCUGGCAGAUUGUCAUCGCUAAAAUACUGCCGGCAUUUGUUGUGCUAACUGUGUUACAAGUUUGAAGCAUUAAAAUGGCAGCAAAUGUGUCGUCACAUUUUAUAUCUGAGAAGAUUUCCAAAGUGCGCUGGCUGCCCGAGGAGCUGCAGCAGAGCGAGCGCUUCAUAACCGGUAGCUGGGAUAUGAACACAAACUAUGUGCGCUUGUGGCGGCUACAAGCAAACACCUAUGAACAGAACGUGGAGCAGACGCCGCAAUGCAGUGACAAGGUGGCGUUUGAAAACGAUAUUACUGGCAUGGAAUUUGUGAACAACGACACAAUUGCAGUGGGCUGCGCCGAUGGCCAUCUGAGUUUGUUGAGUGUACAACGCGCAGUGGAAGAGGAUCAAAUUUGGCGCACAGCCCGCAGUGAGCGUCUGCAUGAGUUUAAGCGCAGCUGCACAGCAGCUCCUUGCACUGCACUUGCUGUUUAUGGCAGCGACAUAGCCACAGUUGGCGAGGACGGCAGCGUGAAUGUGUUGAAUGCCAACAACCUAAAGCAGGUGAAGCUUACGCUCAAUCCGGACAGCAUGGCACUCCUAUCCGUUACGUAUGUCAAUCAGAACGAGCUGGUGACGGCCAAUCGCAUGGGUGUGAUGCGCAUGUUGGAUGUGCGCGUUGCCAACGAAGCUCAGAAAAAGAUUAGCUUAUAUGCUUCUUGCCAGGAUGCCAAGAGUUCAAACUAUGUGUCUGCCAUCACCACACAUCCCAUGCAACAGCACGUGCUAAUCUGUGGCUGCGAAGAAGGCUCCAUAUCCGUUUGGGAUCUGCGUAACAUGAAGUAUCCUGCCUCCUAUCUCAGCGCACACAACAGCCCAAUUACAGACAUUGGCUUUCAUCGCAGAAAUCCCAACAAGCUGUUUACCGCUGCUGAGGGCGGUGAGGUCUGGAUGUGGUCUGAGAAUAAUAUGGCUUUCGAUACGGAUCAAAAGGACGGCAAUAGCGUGUGGAUAUGCGGAGAUCGCGUGCGUGCUUUGGUCAAUGUAGAUGGUGUGCUGACCAAUAUACGCAAGGCAAUAAAUUCCUUCGAUGUGCAGGGCAGUCGACUGAUCUGUGGCAGCGACUCGGAAGCAAUUUAUCUAGUAAAUGAUAUUCAAUAAGAUGCGCUGU